CAUUCAGCCGAGCCCGGGGGCCGAGGGGCUCCGGCGGCCAGCUCUGCACGGCGGGAGCGCGGGCGCGGCCCCCCAGCCAGCGCGCAGGGCCCGUGCCGGCCGGGGCGCUUCCUCGCCGCCGCCCUCCGCGCGUCGCGCCGCCCGCGAGCCACCAUGUCCGACCCCGCGGUCAACGCGCAGCUGGACGGGAUCAUUUCGGACUUCGAAGCCUUGAAAAGAUCUUUUGAGGUCGAGGAGGUCGAGACGCCCAACUCCACCCCAACCCGGAGGGUCCAGACUCCCCUGCUCCGGGCCUCUGUGGCCAGCUCCACGCAGAAGUUCCAGGACCUGGGUGUGAAGAACUCAGAGCCCGCGGCCCGCCAUGUAGACUCCCUCAGCCAGCGAUCCCCCAAGGCUGCCCUGCGGAGGGUCGAGCUCUCGGGGCCCAAGGCCGAGCCCGUGUCUCGGCGCACCGAGAUCUCCAUCGACAUCUCGUCCAAGCAGGUAGAGAACGCCGGCACCGCUGGGCCGUCCCGGUUCGGGCUCAAGCGGGCUGAGGCACUGGGCCACAAGACGCCAGAGCCCACCCCUCGGAGGACGGAGAUCACCAUAGUCAAGCCCCAGGAGUCAGCCCACCGGAGGAUGGAGACCCCCACCUCCAAGAUCCCUGAGGUGCCCGCCAUCCCCACCGCCGACGCAGCCCCCAAGAGGGUCGAGAUCCAGGUGCCCAAGCCAGCCGAGGGGCCCGCCUCCCCCAUCCCACCCCAGACCCUGGAGAAUUCGGAACCCACCCCGAUGUCUCAGCUGCAGAGCAGGCUGGAGCCCAAGCCCCAGCCGCCCGUGGCCGAGGCCCCACCCAAGAGCCAGGAGGGUGAGUAGCAGGUGCUGGUCCUC